AGAGAGAGCGAUGAUGAAAGGAGUGGGAGGACCGCUGCUAUGCAUAGGCGAUCUGCUCAGCGAUGUGGGGGAAUCAGAUGCUUCGCCUCCACUGCAACAACAUGAGCCCUCGGCUUCUUCUGCUGCUUUUUCCAGCCCAACUCAAAACCCGGACCUUACCAAGUUGUUCCAGGAGAACUAUGAGCAGCUGAAUGAAGCGCUUGCCGGCACAGACCACUCAUGGGCAGGUCUUACUUUGAAGCUAUGCGGUGCUCUAGAAACUGCAAACAAGUUAGUUCAGACAACCAACUCAAAUGUCACAAUGUUGUCGGAGAAAGUUGGAGAUCUUGAGAGAGUUAUCAAGAGGGCAGAUUCUGCCAUAGCAACAGCAAGGGUCGUCCAUGCGUCACUUAAUGAAAAAGAAGGUUCACAUAUUGGCAAUCAAAUUAUUCACUGAAACUGAUCUGCAUUUCAUCCAGAACAGGUUAGUGAUUUGAUCCAGAGGAAAAGUGAAAAACACCAACUUUAGGAAUUGCAAUGCUCUAUUCAGUAUGAGACCUGAUCUUGACUUUCUUUUAUUUUUGUUUAUAUGAUUUAAAUGAUAUCCACACACAAAAAAAGUUCAAUGUUGUAUGAGUCGCAUUGAGUCCUUGAGAUGCUUUUCUGAAUUGAUUGUGGCUGACUUGAUUUCUCUAGUUAUAUAAUACUCUUCUGAUCUACAGAGGCUAAAUGCUACCAAGUAGAGCAAAUAUGAUUUAAGCCCAGUCCUUGUACAGGGAAAUGAGAUUUUGGUUAUCUAAAGGAGUAAGAAAGUGAACCAUGUGUUGUGUAAUAUUGAACGACGCACCUUUUAUGAAUAAAUGAACAGAACCCCCUGUCUUGCU